GAACAAUUAUAAAUAUGCCAAAGGCCUUCCUUUAGCCCUCAAAGUGUUAGGUUCAUUUCUUUGCAAGAGAACUAUGGGGGAAUGGAAGGAUGCACUAGCUAAGUUCAAGAAAAUUCCUCUAAAUGACAUUUUGAAGAUACUUAAAGUAAGUUUGGAUGGAUUAGACAUUAAUGAGAAGACUAUAUUUUUGGAUAUUGCUUGCUUUUUUAAUGGGAUGGUCAAAGAUUGUGUCAUACAGAUUUUAAAAACUUUGGACAAGGAUCUUCACCCAGAAAUUGGAAUAAAUAUUCUUAUUGAGAAAUCACUUAUAAUUAAUCGUGAAGAGCAUUUGUGGGUCCAUGAAAUUCUCCAAGAUGUGGGUAAAUAUAUUGUCUAUCAAGAAUCACAUGAUGAUGCCGGCAAGCGUUCCAGGAUAUUGUCUUUGGAGGAUGUCAAUCAUGUGCUAGAAAGAAAUAAGGGGACAAAAGCAAUCCAGGAAUAAUUCUUACAUUAGAAAAGUCAUCUGACGUAUUUUGGGAUCCUGAAGCUUUCUCAAAGAUGAGUAAUCUCAAGUUACUUAUCAUUUCAAGUCGCUCACAUGAUUUAGAUUUUCAAUUGAAUCUUUCUUAUGGACUCAAAUCCCUUUCCAAUGGG